AGUCGUAUGACUGGACAAGAAGGAAAAGAAGUCAUUACAGAAAUUGAGAAAAAUCUUCCUCGGCUGUACACAGUUUUAAAGGCUCACAUUUCCAGUCAGAACUCAGAAUUGAGUAGUGCUGCUCUACAAGCCUUGGGAUUUUGCUUAUAUAAUCCCAAAAUUACCUCGGGAUUAUCAGAGGCAAAUAUUCAAGAACUGCUUUUAACCUUGAAUGGUAUCAUUAAGAGUUCAGACAAAAAUGUGUGUACCAGGGCACUGUGGGUAAUAUCCAAACAGACGUUUCCCACUGAACUUGUUAGCAAAAUGGUUUCCAGUAUUAUUGAUUCAUUGGAAGUGAUACUAAGUAAAGGAGAGGUACAUUCUGCUGUUGUUGAUUUUGAAGCAUUAAAUGUUAUUAUAAGGCUAAUUGAACAAACCCCAGUUCAAAUGGGAGAAGAGUCUGUGAGGUGGGCUAAAUUGGUCAUACCAUUAGUUGUUCACUCAGCUCAAAAGGUACAUUUGCGGGGAGCCACUGCUCUGGAGAUGGGGAUGCCAUUGCUGCUUCAGAAACAGCAAGAAAUAGCCUUGAUUACAGAGCACCUUAUGACUACUAAAUUAAUCUCAGAACUCCAAAAGCUAUUUAUGAAUAAAAAUGAGACUUAUGUAUUAAAAUUAUGGCCUUUGUUUGUCAAACUUCUUGGGAAGACCUUGCACCGAAGUGGGAGUUUCAUCAAUUCCUUGUUACAGCUAGAAGAACUGGGCUUCCGUAGUGGAACGCCCAUGAUUAAAAAGAUAGCUUUCAUUGCUUGGAAGAGCUUAAUAGAUAAUUUUGCUUUAAACCCAGAUAUACUUUGUAGUGCAAAAAGACUCAAGUUGUUAAUGCAGCCUUUGAGUUCCAUCCAUGUGAGAACAGAAACAUUAGCAUUAACAAAACUAGAAGUCUGGUGGUAUUUACUGAUGAGACUUGGACCUCAGCUCCCUGGCAAUUUUGAACAGGUUUGUGUGCCUCUGAUUCAGAGUACAAUAAGUGUUGAUAGUAUUGCUUCACCUCAAGGCAGUUCAUCUCGAGGGUCUACUUCUCCUGGCUUAAGUCCACUGACUCCUGGACAUAAAGGUGCUUCUUAUCCUGCAACUCCACGCAUGAACCAGAGUUCAAACAUAGGUGGAAUGGCUUCAAUCCCUUCCAUUCAGCUUUUGGGACUGGAAAUGAUGCUUCACUUUUUAUUGGGUCCAGAAGUCUUGAAUUUUGCUAAGCAACACAAGCUUGUAUUGAGCUUAGAGCCAUUGGAGCACCCACUAAUCAGCAGCCCUUCCUUCUUCUCCAAGCAUGCGAAUGUACUUAUCACUGCUGUUCAUGAUAGCUUUGUUGCAGUUGGAAGAGAUGCUUCAGAUGCAGUCGUCAGUGCUAUCUGGAAGGAGCUCAUUAGCUUGGUGAAGUCAGUUACUGAAUCAGGAAAUAAGAAAGAAAGAUCAGGUUCUGAAGUUUUGACCCUCCUACUAAAAUCUUUGGAAAACAUAGUGAAGUCAGAAGUAUUUCCUGUAUCAAAAACACUGGUCCUCAUGGAAAUUACUGUUAAAGGACUUCCUCAGAAAGUAUUAGGUUCACCAGCAUAUCAGGGAACUCCAGCUUUGUUCUUAAUCCAGUUAAUUUUCAACAACAAUCUUUUAGAAUGUGGUGUAGCAGAUGAAAAGUUUUUUCUCAAUCUAGAAACACUUGUAGGAUGUGUGCUUUCUGGUCCAACUUCACCAUUGGCUUUUAGUGAUUCUGUACUAAGUGUGAUUAAUCAGAAUGCAAAGCAGUUGGCAAACAAGGAGCAUCUCUGGAGAAUGUGGAGUAUUAUAGUCACUCCACUGACCGAUAGGAUUCAUCAGACCAAUGAAGUGAAUCAAGGUGAUGCCUUAGAACAUAAUUUUAGUGCCAUCUAUGGUGCAUUGACUUUACCAAUAAACCAUGUUUUUUCAGCUCAGACAUUUCCCAUGGCUACCAUGAAGACUUUACUUAAGACGUGGUCAGAGUUAUAUAGAGCAUUUGCAUGCUGUGCUGCUCUGGUGGCGACAGCAGAAGAGAACUUGUGCUGUGAGGAACUUUGUUCUAAGAUACUGUGCAGCGUGGAAGAUGAAACCCUUUUGGAUUUGUUAUUCUUGGACAGGAUCUCUCAAAUUAUUAUCGUAAUGGUUGAUUGUAUCGACUUUUCACCAUAUAAUAUUAAAUAUCAGCCCAAAAUCAAAUCACCACAGAGAUCUUCAGAUUGGUCCAGAAAGAAGAAGGAACCCCUUGGGAAAUUGGCUUCUUUAUUUAAGCUAAUUGUGAGAGUGAUCCAUUCUUUCCACACUCUGACCUUCAAGGAAACAUAUUCUGAUACACUGCUUACUAUUGGUAACUCUGUCAUCAGUAUGCUGUCCAGUAUAUUUGGACAUAUUUCCUUGCCGUCUAUGAUCCGAGAAAUAUUUGCCACUUUUACAAGACCUCUGGCUUUACUGUAUGAAAAUGCAAAGCUUGAUGAAGUUCCUAAAGUGUAUAAUAGUUUGAACAACAAGUUAGAAAAGCUAUUAGGAGAAAUCAUUGCUUGUCUACAGUACAACUACCCUGGAGCCUAUGACAGUGAACUUCUUGGACAACUUUCUCCACUUCUGUGCAUAGUAUUUCUUCACAAGAAUAAACAGAUUCGGAAACAGAGUGCUCUGUUGUGGAAUGCUACAUUUGCUAAAGCGACAGCUCUGGUUUAUCCCGAGGAAUUAAAACCAAUAUUAAGACAAGCCAAACAAAAAAUUUUGCUUCUGUUGCCUGGUUUGGAAAAUGUUGAAAUGAUGGAUGAAUCCAGUGGGCCAUAUUCUGAUGCAACAGAAAAUUCACAAUUAAAUGUCAAGAUAAGUGGCAUGGAAAGGAAAUCAAGUGGAAAAAGAGAUUCAUUUUUGACACAGACAAAGGAUAAAAAAGAAAAUAUGAAGCUGUCGACCAAACUGAAAGUAGGAUCUUCGUCUCCAAAAUUAAAGAGUGGUAAUAAGCUUUUGGAAGAGGAAAAAUCUACUGACUUUGUGUUCAUACCUCCACAAGGAAAAGAGGGAAAGGCAAGAAUUCUGACUGAGCACCAGAAAGAAGUACUCAAGACAAAACGGUGUGAUAUUCCUGCCUUGUAUAAUAAUCUGGAUGUUUCACAAGACACCUUAUUUUCUGCUCAGUUUAGUCAAGAAGAAUCUAUGGAAAGCCUCACUUUAACUGAAAAACCAAAAGAAGAUGCCAAGAUAAUUAAGGAGGAACAAAUGGAGAGUGCCAUUUUCAUCUCUCAAGAUGCCAUGGAAAACUGUGGUGUGGAUGAACAUCCUGGAAAGGCUUCUUUACCAAAUGACUCUGGUUCUGUUGCUGAAACCAAUUCAGAAACACUGAGCGCUGGUAUUGAUGCUACAAAAAACAUGCUAAUUUCAUCAAAGAUAAUGUCAGCUGAAUAUUCAUCUGGUACAGAAACUUCACUGGUGGUCAGCAAUAGUUCGGUUUCUAAUGCCACUGUUUCUGGAACUCCUUCACAGCCUACAAGUCGGAGACAAACCUUUAUUACUUUGGAGAAAUAUGAUGGUUCAGAAAAUAGACCUUUUAGCCCAUCCCCUUUGAAUAGCAUGUCAUCCACUGUUACAGUGAGAAAUAACCAGGAAAACACAGCUAAAACUGAUAUGCUACCAAAAGCAAGAAAAAGAGAAGUGACUCACUCAAAAUCUGACUCAGAAAAACUAGUGAACGGAGGUAAAAAGUCAGGACGGAGAUGGAGUAAAGUUGAGCAGUCAACUAAUAAAAAGUCUAAGCCUUCACUGAGAUCUGAACAGGAGGAACAUGCAUUAGAAAAUAACCCUCCUGAUUUGCUCAGUCAAACAGAAUGUCUGUCAAAGCAUGAUCAUCCUUCUGGAGCUACCCUAGAGCAUGAAGAUAAAAAUCCUAAACCAACAGUAGAAAAUGCUUCAUUGGAAGACUCAGCUACAGAAGAGAAAAACGUAAGCAUUAAUACGGAAUCUAAAGAAAAUACACCUCCGGUCACAGCACCAGCAGAUCAAAUAGUAAAUGAAGAAAGUCAAUCUGUAGUAGCUCCAAAUCCAAAAAUCCUCAGACGGUCUUCAAGGCGACGUCCAGAAAUGGUGGAGUCUUCCAAUGACAGCCAAGAUAAGGAUAAUGGUCAACCAAAAAAGGAAAGACGGAAGGAAGAAGAAAAAACAGUUGCAAAGAGUCCAUUGCAUAUAAAAGAUGACAAGUUGCCCAAGCAAAAACUAAGUGCUGAGUCAUCUCUGCAGGAAAAUGUAACCGAAAAAGGAAAUAGUUUACAUGAGAAAACUUUAGAGGAAUCCAGUGCUAAUGCUGAAAUUGACCAAAAUAAAAGAAAACCAGACCAUGAGAACAUUAAUUCUGAGGGAGGUAGUACCCAGGACAAUGUAGAUAAGUCAUCUGAGAAACCUUUGAGAGGACGUACACGUUACCAAACAAGAAGAGCAUCUCAGGGAUUACUAUCAGAACUAUCAGAACCUGAUAGUUCUGAGUCAAAGGAAGAAGUUUCCAGAAAGAAACGAUCUGGGAAAUGGAAAAAUAAAAGCAGUGAUAGUGUUGACAUUGAAGAACAAGAAGACAAAAUGGUGGAAGAGGAAUGUAUAAAAACUGCACAUGAGAUACAUGAUGGUCAGGCAGUUCCUGAAGCUCAUGUAGAUGCAGUGGCUCAGAUUUGUGAAGAAAGUGCCAAUAGGGUAAUCCUUCAGGAGUCUGCUGGGUCUUCAGAUUCACUGCAAGUUACUGAUACACCAGUUGCAGGUGAGGACACAAGUAAGACUAGCAAAUGUGUAGAUAACUCAUUUGCAAGUCCACCUGUGCCUGAAUCCAAUCUCAGGACUAGGAAUGCCACUAAGAGGUUAUAUAAAAGAGAUACUGAUAGUAGUUUGGGAGAAUGCUCCAAAAUGGAGACAGCAGACAUUUCUGUACCUUCUGAGAAAUGGGCCCAAGCAGUUGAAUGCCAACACAAGAGAAGCAGGAGAGUCAGGAGAUCAAAGAGUUGUGACUGCUGUGGGGAAAAAUCACAAUCCCAGGAAAAGUCAUUUACUGGGUUAAAGAACACAGAGAGUUUUGCUAUAAAGAGCAUGGAGACAAAGACAACCCAGAUGCAAGCACCUGAGGCUACACCUGCAACUUGUGAAGCUAAUGAACACGCCAAAACAAAGCUGGCAGAUGAACAUCCUAGUAUGAAUUUUCAUGUGGGUCUUGAAGAGAAUGGUGCUGCUGGUGACUUAGUUAAGUCUGAAACUGGAUUGGCAGAAGAUCGAAAAAAAGUCCCAUCUGAAAUAGGAAAUACGAAAGAAAAAUCUCAUGAUACAGACUCUAGUGAAAUAGUAUCUGAAAUCCAAGAACCAAGCAAUGAAAAAUUCACUGCCGAAGACCCAUGCUUAUGUGAUUCCAAGGACAUUUCACAGAUAUCUUCUUUAGAUAACAAAGUAGAAAGUCCAGACGCUGUUCUGAAAAGAGAAUCUGACAUUGGCGAUGUUGGGAAGGCAUGCAAAGUCAUAACCGGAUCCAGCUCAGAGGGCGGUGAAGCUAUGGAAUUAGAUGGAGGAAAUGACUCGCUUGGAGCUGCCUUCUCUGAAAAGAGUGCCCACAUGGAUAUUCCUGUAGAUGUGGCAGCAGAGGAAGAUAAUAAAAAGGAUGAAUUUGAAGCAGUCACAGCUGAAGUGAAUGCUGAAGGAGCAGCCACCGAGGGCUUUAAUUCUGCUCUGAGUCUCUGUGAUCAUGCCACACCUGUAAGCAAGAGUGUCGAGAGUGAGCAUUCAGCAAGAGUGGACCUGGAGGAUGGUGUUCAGUUUGAUUCCGCAAGAGCAGACCUGGAGGAUGGUGUUCAGUCUGGUUCCACAAGAGCAGACCUGGAGGAUGGUGUUCAAUCUGAUUCCACAAGAGCGGAUCUGGAGGAUGGUGUUCAAUCUGAUUCCACAAGAGCGGAUCCGGAGAUUGGUGUUCAAUCUGAUUCCACAAAAGCGGACCUAGAGGAUGGUGUUCAAUCUGGUUGCGCAAGAGCGGACCUAGAGGAUGGUGUUCAGUCUGGUUCCACAAGAGCAGACCUAGAGGAUGGUGUUCAAUCUGAUUCCACAAGAGUGGACCUGGAGCAUGGUGUUCAAUCUGAUUCCACAAGAGUGGACCUGGAGCAUGGUGUUCAAUCUGAUUGCGGCUCCUGUGAGGAAAUGAACACAGAAACAGAAAGUUCCAAAGCAGCAGUGGUAGCCCAGUUGAAAAUGGAAGUUGGCGACACUGGAGAAGAGGAUAGGGGCAUGAUUGUUAGCACCUCUGUGUCUGAGGAAACUCCAGGUGGAAGACGAGGAGUCAAAACUGAGAGCUUUGUUUGCGACACACUUGAAAUGAGUUCUGAAGAAGGAACUGUUUGUUACAAAACUGAAACAAACAUUGAACUUAAAUUGGAUGAGACAAAAUUGAGUGACAACCAAAAUGUAGUGGAUAAUAAUGUUCUGCAGGAAGUAUGCCUCACUUCAGAGAAAGUGGAGGAAUUACCACAGUCUCUGACAUCUGAAGUGACUUCUGAACUGGUAGCAGAAAGCAGUAAUGCUUCUCCUGAAAAAUUAAGAGAGCUGGACCCUUCACUUGGAUCAGCAAAUGAAAGUCCUAGCGGUAUGCAAGCACGCUGUGUCUGGUCACCCUUGGCUUCUCCAUCCACAAGCAUUUUAAAGAGAGGACUUAAAAGAGCCCACGAAGAUGAGAUCUCAUCACCAGUUAACAAGGUUAGACGUGUCUCGUUUGCAGACCCAAUAUACCAAGCAGGAUUGGCAGAUGACAUUGAUAGGCGCUGCUCAGUUGUUAGGUCACAUUCUUCAAAUAGCUCUCCCAUAAUAAAAAGUGUUAAAACUUCACCUACUUCACACUCUAAGCAUAAUACCACUUCAGCCAAAGGAUUUCUGUCCCCAGGAUCACAGAGCUCUAAGUUUAAGAGCUCAAAGAAGUGUUUAAUUGCAGAAAUGGCCAAAGAAUCCAUGCUAUCCCCAACAACAGAGAGUGUUUACCCAGCUUUGGUAAACUGUGCAGCAUCAGUCGACAUCAUUUUACCUCAAAUUACAUCAAACAUGUGGGCAAGAGGUCUAGGACAACUUAUCAGAGCCAAGAACAUAAAGACAAUUGGUGAUUUGAGUACUCUUACAGCAUCAGAAAUAAAAACUCUUCCUAUUCGCUCUCCAAAGGUGUUUAAUGUAAAAAAGGCUCUCAGAGUGUACCAUGAGCAACAGAUGAAAUCUCGUGGACUUGAAGAGAUUCCAGUUUUUGAUAUUUCUGAGAAGGCAGUAAAUGGAGUAGAAAGCAAGCCCCUCUCAGCUGAUGAAGAAAAGCUUGCCUCAGAUUUGAUUGAUCCUGUAACCGUGGAUACCCCAUUGUCUAAAAAUCUUGUGGCACAAAUUAGUGCUCUUGCUCUUCAACUGGAUUCAGAAGAUCUGUACAGUUACUCUGGAAGCCAGCUAUUUGAAAUGCAUGAGAAACUUGGUACCAUGGCAAACUCUAUAAUAAGAAAUCUACAGUCACGUUGGAGAUCACCAGUCCAUGAAAAUUCUUAGUAUUUUAAGAAAAUGGAAAGUUUUUUCACCACCAGAUUUUAUUUUUUGGCUUUUAGAAAUACCUGCACCAUUUAAAGAGGAAACUUUGCAGAGUUGAUAAGAUAUCAAAUCCUGAAAGACAAUGAAUUAUUAGGUCAGUUUUAUAAAUUCAUUAGUAAAGAUAUUCCCUACUGUAUUUUCUUGGCCAGUAUACAUAGUUUUUUUUUUAAAAGAAAUUUAAAUGUUACUGAAACUUGAAAGCAAACAAGAUAUACAUACUUUUUUUUUUCAUACAUUAGCUCAUGCAUAUUUUGGUGUAGCUCAUACAAAUAUUUUAAGUAAGAUAGAAAAGUUUUAUUUACACUUGAACUGAUAAAGGUGUUUAUACUUUUUCAAAAAUAUUUAUAUUUGUUGUGCUUGGUGAAACACCUGUACUGAGAUGCAAAAGAAUGAGAGCAUUUCUUUCAUAUAACACCUGUAGAAAACCUUUGAGAGAAAUACCAAUUUUCAAUUUGUUGUGAGUUAAAAUUAACGCUUAAUUGCUAACAUUCCAUUCAUUUGGCAUUGGCAAAUAUUUGUGCAGCAGCAUUUGCCUGUGAAAAUGUGCUCUUAUAAGGUAUAGUGUUCACUCUUACAUGCAUGACUUUGUACAUUAUGUAUAAAAGACAGUGUUUUUUAAUUUAUAAAGUUCAGCCUUCGUUAAUUGCACGAGUUUCUGCAGCUUCAUGUGAAUACCAUUGUUUUGUUUAAUAGAAACUUUUGUAUAUAUUUAAUAUCAAAAUAUCCAUAUGGAUAUUAAAAAUGCUUCAUGACGUACUGUGGAUAUUUGUAGGAGUCUGUAUCUACAAAUAAAGCAACAGAUAGUUUUGUAUUUAGUUAAAACAUGAGUUUAUUUUCUAAAGUGUCCAGAAUAAUUAAAAUUAUUAGAACCAAAAAAUAUUACAUGCCACUACUUUUUUUUUUUUUUUUUUUUUUCUUUUGGUUUUGGAAGAGGAUCCCAAGCCACUAGAAAACGUGCCUAUGUUUCUUCUUAAUGGAGAGUUAGCCUGGAUAUUUUCAUUGCAGAUUGUACUAUAAGACAUAGAGAUACCUGGUUUAAUCACAUAUGUUGAAAACUAAACUUGGAAGAAAUUUGAAACUGCCCUUUUUAUAUGUAUGUUUUGUCUAGUUAAAAAAAAAAUAGGAUAUAUAACUAAACAGUUUGUAAAUUUUACCAGAUAGUUAGUGCCUAACUUCAUAUAUUUGUUGCACCUGUGGGUUGUGGGUUUUUGUUUUUUGUUUUUGUUUGUUUGUUUGUUUGUUUUUUGGAGAUGUGGUCUCUCUGUGUAGCCCAGGCUAGCCUUGAACUUCUAUGAUCCUCCUGCCUCUGCCUUCCAGAGUUCUGGGAUUACAGGUGUUUGUUACCAUGCCUGGCUGUGUUGUAUGUUUUCCAAAGGAUAUAUCUUGCUUGUUUUUUUGAAUAAAAUCAAUGGGUGAUCUUAGUUCAAAUUCAGUUCAAUCUCUGCUUAGACAUUCGAACUGUUUGUAGUUUAAGGUCUGGACCUUUUUUUUUUUUUUUUUUUUCCAACAGAGACACCCCUCCCUCCCCUGCUGCCCCUGGUAAAUAAAGUUAGUAUCAUUUUUCAUUCAUAAGUAACUACAGAUAUUUUUAGAUCUAAGUAUAUUUACCUACAAAGAUCAUCUUAAGAAUUCUGGAACUGUUGGACUUUUAAGGACUUAGAAGUCAAUAACUAAUGAGGAAAAGACUGUCUUUUAAAAACAUUGAUAAUGGUGGAUUGCAUUGUCAGUCGAUACAUUAAGCAUUAAGAGGUGUGCAUCAACAUUCAGUGAGUAGUAUCGAUUAGCCAGGAGUUUGUGGGGAGUGGUUGGAGUGCUCAUUUCACAAACUACAUUCCUUAACCCUUGUCUACUCACUCGUAGGCACAGCAGAGUUCUUAGGGAGCUCAAAGUGUAGCAGGAAAUGUGACCAAAAUGAUUUGCUUAAAUUUCUGAAUUUAAUAAAAGCGCAGAUCUGAGUUGUAGUUCAAGGAAAUUGUGUUUUAAAAUAUUGGUUGGUACCAUUGGUCAGUUUAUGGAAAAUAUAAAGUUGGGUCAGUUUACUUUCAGUAUUCUUGGCUUAACUUUUUUUGAGCAGAUUUCCACAUUAAUUCCUAAAAUAGCAAAAAGCAUUAAUAUUUCUCAGUUGACUCCAAUGUAUUGCUUUACUUUUACAUGAAACCCCUUCUUCAGACUUUUUCUAAUGCUUAAUUAAAAAAACAAACAAAUAUUGACAUUCCAGUGUGAUGCCCUAAUUGUUAUAUGUAUUGAAACAAAUCAAGAGCUGGCUAGGUGGCCCAGAAGAUACAAUGUGCUUUCCACGAAAUCUGAUUAUGACUUGAGUUCAGUCCCUGAGAUCCGCAUGGUAGGAGAGUAGUCCUUUGGCCUCUAUAUGUGCAGUGCACACACACAAAUAAAAUUAAUUUAAAAAUUUUGUUCUUAUUUCCUGUGCAUAAGUGUUUUGCCUGCAUGUGUAUAUGUGUACUAUGUACAUACCUGGUGCCCAUGACAGCCAGAAGAAGGCAUCUGAUCCCUGGGAAAACCAGAAUUAUAGACAGGUGUGAGCUAGCCUGUGGAAUCAAACCCAUGUCUUCUGAAAGGGCAGCAAAUGCUGUUGUUAACUGCUGAACCAUCUUAAUUUUUUAAAAGAAUCUAGUGGUAUGAAAAGCAUCUAAUUUUUCAUGUCUGAACAUAGUGGAUUUUGAUGUUCAAACUGAGCUUAUUACUGAAGAUGUUGCUCUGUUUCAGCAAGUUAAACUACUGCUGAAUACUGCAGGGUCUUUGCAUUUCAAAUAGUGAGCAAUGAGCUCACUUAAUCAGGUUAAUACAGUUUUUAAAUAGAAUUUAAAUCUAAAGAUUAAAAGCACAGUUGUUGAAUGACAGACAUUGCCUUUGGAUUCUUGUUUUUUUCAGUACAAUUUGAAAGUAGCUAAGAAUCCACUUACAUAUUUAAGGGUCAUUAGAAUGUCACUAAUUUAAAAUGUUAAUAGUUGGACACUGGACGUGGUGGCUUGUGCCUGUAAUUGGAAUACUUGGGAGGCUGAGGCAGAUAAUUGCUUUGUGCUAAGUCCAACCUAGUGUACAGAACAAGAACCUGUUUUAUAUAUUUUAGGGUCUUAAAAUAUAUAAUUCAAGAUUAUGUUUUAUAAAUAUUAAUUGGAGGGUUUUGUUUGGUUUAAGGUAAAAAUUUGAAAAUAAAGUGCUGGUUCUGAAGUCAAUGGAAGUUAUUAGAUAACACUGCCCCUUAUUGGCCUUGCUUUCAGCUUUGACUAAGGCUCGGGGUUCAUUUCAUUAUUAAGGUUGACUUCAGCCAGUUGGUCAGCCACGUCAGCAGGCUAUAGAACUGCAAUUGUGGGCAUUAUGGGGGUGACACUUGGUUGGGGGCAGAAGCCUGCAUUUAUUAUCGUAACUAAUUUAGGCUGGCCUGGAACUCACUGUGUAGACCAAUUAGUCUCAAACCCAUAGCAACACUUGCUUCAGCCUCCCAAAUGUUUUGAUUAUAGGCAUGUUAAUUCAUUUUGCAGUUUCUGAUCACUCAGUUAAUGGUUCUGUUAUGUUCCUGGCUUUAUAUUUGCUCUUUGGAAGCAUCCAUUAAAGUCUAUGUCUUACAAAUUUCAGAUCUGUAGUUAUUUUGUUAAAGUGCUCCUACAGAAUCUAAGUUCUUGGAAUAGAUGGGAAAUGGUACAAUUUUGUUACAUUUUUUUCUUUAUAUACUAAAACCUUCAAUUAAAUGCUGACAUAA